AUGGGCGGCGGUGCACCUGUUAUUUGUGACGUGCGGUUCGAACACCAUCCAACCGGGCUUGGCCUUCAUGAGCGCUCUCCUCGAAUAUCAUGGCGGUACAAGGCAGACUCAUCUCAUGCUCCCAGCAGCUGGAUUCAAACUUCAUAUGAGGUUGAGAUCAACCGCCGAACCUCCGGAAACACGCAGGCUUUCAAGAUGGCCAGUGACGAAAACGUCUUGAUACCAUGGCCCGAUACGCCUCUUUCUUCCCGUGAGAAUGUCGCCCUUCGUAUCAGAGCAUGCGGAACCAGCGGCUCGACACCUAGAUCGACGGAUGGGAAAACAGCAAACACAGAGUGGUCGGAUUGGGUCGCUGUGGAAGCCGCCUUGCUGGAACGUCAAGAGUGGGCGGCUGAUCUCAUCACGAGUUCAACGAGGACGGGACUACCUCUUGACGGUGAGAGAACCGAGUACUUUCGACCAAUACGGCUUCGCAAAGCUUUCGAUGUAAACAAAAAGCCCGAGCAGGCGAGACUGUAUAUUACUGCACUUGGUGUUUACGUCGCAUACCUCAAUGGAACCCGGAUCGGCGAUGAACACAUGGCUCCAGGUUGGACGUCUUAUCAACACAGGUUGCAGUAUCAGACAUUUGAUGUUGGAAAUCUUCUGCGCAUUGGUGAGGUCAAUACAUUGGCCAUUGAGGUUGCUGAAGGAUGGUAUGCUGGCAGGGUUGUCUGGGGCAAAGGGGUCACCUGCUUCUAUGGUGACGAAAUUGGAGCCCUUGCUCAGCUUGAAGUACGCCACUCAGACACGAACAAGCCGGAGUUGACGGUGAAGACCGACGAAACCUGGCAAUGGCUUGAAUCCCCUAUUCAAUCAAGUGGUAUAUACGAUGGGGAGGUCUACGAUUGCCAGCAAGAAGAGAGCAACUGGAAUAACGUCAGCGCCCAGACUGAGACAUCUUCUUCCUGGCAAGCAGCCAAGAAACUCCCUUUCCCGGAUGCAACUUUAUUAGCAUCACCUUGUCCUCCAGUCAAAGUAACAGAACUUGUGAGGCCCACCCGGAUAUUUCAAUCACCCUCAGGCAAAACUCUGGUCGAUUUUGGUCAGAACCUGGUUGGCAAGAUUCUCAUCCACUCCCUCUCAAUGCCACGAGGUCACACACUGACCAUCCGGCAUGCGGAGGUCCUUGAGCAUGGAGAGCUCGGCACACGUCCAUUGCGCUGUGCCAAAGCAACGGACUCGAUCAUAUUUUCGGACUCUCCUUUGGCUCAAUACAUGCCACAGUUCACUUUCCAUGGUUUUCGAUAUAUUGAGCUGGAUGGGUGGGCUCCAUCUGACCCGUCGGACCCCCUAACUGUGGACUCAAUAUCAGCAGCUGUCAUGCACACAGACAUGCGCCGCACGGGCUACUUUGAGUCGUCUAACGAGUCUCUGAACCGCCUGCACUCCAAUGUUACCUGGUCCCUUCGUUCGAACUUCUUCUCUAUCCCAAGCGACUGUCCACAGCGAGAUGAACGGCUCGGCUGGACAGGUGACAUUCAGGUGUUCGGUCCCACGGCAUCUUUCCUGUACGAUAGUGCAGGUUUCAUGGGAAACUGGAUGCGCGAUCUCAUCAGCGAUCAAAAGCAAGCGGGCGGCAUCGUGCCGAUGGUAGUCCCCGACGUGAUGCCAAAUGGACCCUGGCCUUGUGUGGCUCAGGCGGUGUGGGACGAUGUAGUGGUACUUCUGCCAUGGACCCUGUACCAAUGGUCACGGGACGAUGGACCACUUCGGGAGUGUUACUCAGGCAUGUUGGACCAUCUAAGGGUCAUACCUCGUGCGGAUGACGGGCUUUGGGAGACCGAGAUGUGGAAGCUCGGAGAUUGGCUAGACCCGGCUGCUCCAUCAGAUAACCCAGCCCUUGCCAUGACUGAUGGCACAUUGGUGGCAGAUGCAUACUUGGUGCAUGUCACGCGGACAGUUGCGAAAGUCGCAAGCGUCUUGUCGAAACCAGAGGACGAGAAACGAUUUCAGCAAGAGGCUGAGAGACUAGCGAAGGCAUUCAGGCACAAGUAUAUUGCCGGAUCUGGUCUUGUGGUCGGUGAUACACAGACAGCUUUGGCACUAACUCUGGUUUUUGGACUACAUGAGGAUACUGAUGUAGCUGGGCGUGCCUUGGCUGCAGCACGGCUUGACAAGUGGGUUCGCGCAGCAGACUUCAAAGUCAGUACUGGAUUCGCUGGUACAAAUGUGAUUCUACCUGCGCUAUCUUUGGAUCUGCCUGCGUCCGCAUCCAACAUACAGUUAGCAUACAAGAUGCUGCUGUCAGACAAGUGCCCUUCUUGGCUGUAUCCCGUCAGUCAAGGCGCUACCACCAUCUGGGAGAGAUGGGACAGUAUGCUUCCCUCUGGAGAGAUCAACCCAGGUGAAAUGACCAGCUUCAACCACUACGCUCUUGGCAGUGUAGCUGCUUGGAUGCAUGAGGUCAUCGGCGGACUAGCCUCUCUUGAUGACGAUACAGGCAUACCGGGAUGGAAGAAGUUCAAAGUGAGACCGAGACCUGGCGGCGAUUUGACCAGAGCCAAGACGGAGUACCUGAGCGGAUACGGAUGGAUCAAGUGCAAGUGGGAGAUCUUGAGCACGGGAAGCGGUGUAAAGACCUUCAAGAUGAGCCUCACCGUGCCGCCCAAUUCGACAGCUGUGGUAUUAUUACCGAACGCUGAGCAGAAAGGUGAAGACGAGGAGGUACUCGUCGGUUCAGGGGAGCACCAUUAUGAGUGUGCAUAUGAAGACCCUGGCGAAUGGCCGCCAAAGUCCUCUAUUCCGUUCUGA